UAGUAGUAGAGAUCUCCAGCGAGACGCGCUCCAACUGAGCUGGCUGGCUGGCGGCCCGGCCGCGCCCCAUGUGAGCCCCCUCCCCGCCCCCAGCGCUGCUUCUUCAAUCACUCGCUCACACCCCCAUGUGCCCGCUGCUCUGAAUGCCACUGCGGCUCACGCGCCACCACCCCCCGUCUCCUUCCUCCCCGCUCCUCCGUGAUACCUCCUCCUCCUUUCCCUAGAUCAAGCCCCCCCCCCCCCCUCCAUCCUCCAUCCAGAUCGCAGCAGCCGCCUGCCUGACCAGACAUUCUCCUCCUCGGGACGGGCGACGACCAGCCGGCCAUGACCCCCCGCGGCGCGCCGGCGCUGCUGGUUCUGGCGCUGCUCGGGCUCCUGCUGCACCCGCGCCCGGCGGCGGCGCAGCAGGAGGGCGCCGUGCCGGAGGCGUACGCGGCCUCGUUCGCGUCCCGCUUCGCCGCGCCGCCGUCCUGGUCCUUCCCGAACCCGCGCCUCCGCGCCGCCUACGCCGCGCUCCAGGCCUGGAAGCGCACCGCCAUCUUCUCCGACCCCUCCAACUUCACCGCCAACUGGUCCGGCCCCGACGUCUGCGCCUACAACGGCGUCUUCUGCGCGCCCCUCCCCGGCGGCGCCGCCGGGUACGGCCACGGCCACGGCGGCGAUGGCGACCUCGCCGUCGCCGGCAUCGACCUCAACCACGCCGACAUCGCCGGGUACCUGCCGGCGUCGCUGCCCCUCGGCGUCCCCGACCUGGCGCUCUUCCACAUCAACUCCAACCGCUUCUGCGGCGUCGUCCCGGAGACCUUCCGCCACCUGCACCUGCUCCACGAGCUCGACCUCAGCAACAACCGCUUCGUCGGCGGCUUCCCCGAGGUCGUGCUCGCGCUGCCGUCGCUCCGGUACCUCGACCUCAGGUUCAACGACUUCGAGGGCUCCAUCCCGCCGGCGCUCUUCGACCGCCCGCUCGACGCCAUCUUCCUCAACUCCAACCGCCUCCGCAACCCCAUCCCGGCCAACCUCGGCAACUCGCCGGCCUCCGUCGUCGUGCUCGCGCACAACAGGCUCGGGGGAUGCAUCCCGCCCAGCAUCGGCAAGAUGGCCGAGACGCUGAACGAGAUCGUCCUCAUCGCCGACGAGCUCACCGGGUGCGUCCCGCCCCAGGUCGGGCUGCUCAGGAAGGUCACCGUGUUCGACGUCAGCGACAACCACCUCCAGGGCCAGCUCCCGGCCGCCAUUGGCGGGAUGGCCGCCGUCGAGGAGCUCGACGUCGCCAGGAACCGCUUCGAGGGCGCCGUGCCGGCCGGCGUCUGCGGCCUCGCCAGCCUCAAGAACUUCACCUACACCGACAACUUCAUCACCUCGCGCCCGCCCUGCACCAAGGCCGCCGCCGACGGCGCGUGGAACUGCAUCCCCGGCGCGCCGGCCCAGCGCCCGCCGUCCCAGUGCGCGGCCGCCGCGGCGCACCCGUUCGACUGCAGCAAGGACCAGUGCCAGGCCCCGUCCUACACCCCAACGCCGGGUGGUGGUGGGUACACCCCGACGCCCGGUGCUGGUGGCCGUGGCGGCCAUGGUCGGCGCGGAGGCGGCAAGCAGCCGCCCGCGCCGGUGGGAUCGCCUCCGAGACGCCCCAAGGUUGGAAACCCGCCGCCAUCCAGCUCUCCUACCCCAUCGUACCCGUCGCCGCCUUCGAGCUCUCCUACUCCAUCUUAUCCGUCGCCACCGUCGAGCGCCACCACUCCCUCGUACCACUCGCCACCAAAGGGCUCCACCACGCCGUCAUACCCUCCGCCGCCGUCGAGCGCCAGCACCCCGUCCUACCACCACUCGCCACCCCAGGCUUCACCCUCCACGCCGUCCUACCCGUCGCCACCCUCAAGCUCCAGCACCCCAUCCUACCACUCGCCGCCGCACGGCGCGCCGACCCCGUCCCACCCGUCGCCACCAAAGGGCUCCUCCUCCCCAACUCCAGUGACCCACGCGCCGCCCCCGCCGCCCUCGGCUGAUGAGCCGGACGUGCGUUACGCUCCUCCGCCGCGCUCGUACGGCCCCAUGCCCUCGACGCCCCCGUCCCACGGCUCGGCGUCGCCGCCCUCGACAGGCUACCAGCCGCCGUUCACCGGCCACCCGACGCCGUCGCCGCCCACGGAGCACCCGGGCUACGUCCUGCCGCCGCACGCCCCGGGGACCCACUCCUCGCCCCCGUCGCACCCGGGCACCCCCUCGACGACUCCAGGAGCGCCGCCGACGAAGCACUGCUCGCCGCCGGCCCAGGGAGGGAGCCCCGGCACCGGUGGUGACCACGGGCACGGGCACGGCGGCAAGCUGCCGUUCCCGCCUGUCCACGGCAUGUCCUACGCGUCGCCGCCGCCGCCGGGAAAGCCGUACUACUAGCCCGUGAAGACCGCCCGCCGCCUCGCCGGAGCUCCGGCCAUCGGCACCAGCAUCCACCCGCCCCCGCCAGUAUAAUACUUCUCCUUGCAUCCCUGUAGUAUUUUUUGCUCCUUUUCUUCUUCUUCUUCUUCCUUCUUUGAUGAUGAGUAUUUGAUCAAAUUGAAUCAAAGAGUUGCAAUGUAUUGAUUCUUUCUCACCCCCCUCUUAUUCCCCCUCAUCGAAUUUCAUUAAUUUUUUAAUUGAUCUGGAGAUGUAUAAUCCUGCUCC